UGAAGAGUUUGCGCUCAUUAGGAAUAGCAGUGCGUAGAACUUAGAAACCAACUCCAAACUCCAAACUCCAAACUCCGAACUCUAAACACCCAAGAGAAGUUAGGGUUCAGAGUCACUACUCAGAAUCAUCAUCAGAUUAACCGAAAAUGGACGCUUACGGUGGUUACUUGGUCGAUGAGAAAGCCGUUAGGGUUGAAAAUGCUUUCUUAGAUUUUCUCAAAAGUUUUAGAUCCGGACAACGUAACGAACUAUAUUACGAAGCGGAAAUUGAAGUGAUGAGAGCCAACGAGUCUAACACCAUGUUCAUUGAUUUCGAUCACGUUAUCAGAUUCAGCGAUCUCCUUCAGAAAGCUAUUUCAGAUGAAUAUUUGAGGUUUGAACCUUACUUGCAAAACGCCUGCAAGAGGUUUGUUAUGGAGCUCAAGCCAACCUUUAUUUCUGACGAUAAUCCUAACAAGGACAUCAAUGUUGCCUUCUACAACAUUCCAAUUGUCAACAGGUUAAGGGAUUUGGCUACAUCAGAGAUCGGAAGACUUGUAUCCGUGACAGGAGUGGUAACAAGGACAAGCGAGGUUCGGCCAGAGCUUCUCCAAGGGACUUUCAAGUGCCUGGACUGUGGUGGGGUUAUAAAGAAUGUUGAACAACAAUUCAAGUAUACUGAGCCAACAAUAUGUCCAAAUGCUACCUGUAACAAUAGAACAAGGUGGGCACUGCUGCGUCAAGAGAGCAAAUUUACUGAUUGGCAAAGGGUCAGAAUGCAGGAGACGUCCAAAGAGAUACCUGCCGGCUCUCUGCCUAGGUCUUUGGAUGUUAUUCUUCGUCAUGAGAUUGUGGAACAUGCCAGGGCUGGUGACACGGUGAUUUUUACUGGCACUGUAAUUGUCAUACCUGAUAUAAUGGCAAUGGCGUCCCCUGGAGAGAGAUCAGAAUGUCGAAGGGAAGCCUCUCAACGCAAGGGUUCUUCGUCAGGAAAUGAAGGUGUGAGGGGCCUUAAGGCUUUGGGUGUCAGAGACCUCUCCUAUCGUCUAGCGUUUAUUGCCAACUCCGUUCAGAUUUGUGACGGUCGAAGAGAAACGGAUAUCAGGAAUAGAAAGAAGGAUUCAGACGAAGAUGAUCAGCAAUUUUCCGCACAGGAAUUGGAUGAAGUUCAACGAAUGAGGAAUACUCCAGAUUUCUUCACCAAACUUGUUGAGAGUGUUGCACCAACUGUUUUUGGUCAUCAAGAUAUAAAACGAGCAAUCCUUCUAAUGCUUAUGAGUGGGGUCCACAAAUCUACUCAUGAAGGCAUUAGCCUUAGAGGGGACAUUAAUGUUUGUAUUGUUGGAGAUCCUAGCUGUGCAAAGUCUCAAUUUCUUAAGUAUACUUCUAGCAUUGUUCCAAGAUCUGUGUAUACAUCUGGGAAAUCAUCAUCUGCUGCUGGUUUGACUGCAACUGUUGCCAAGGAACCAGAAACUGGGGAGUUUUGUAUUGAGGCUGGUGCUUUGAUGCUUGCUGACAAUGGCAUUUGCUGCAUUGAUGAAUUUGACAAGAUGGACAUCAGAGAUCAGGUUGCUAUUCAUGAGGCCAUGGAACAACAAACAAUUAGUAUCACUAAAGCAGGAAUACAAGCAACACUCAAUGCUCGUACAUCCAUUCUUGCUGCUGCUAACCCUGCUGGAGGACGAUAUGAUAAGUCUAAACCACUUAAGUACAAUGUGGCUCUUCCACCGGCUAUACUUUCAAGGUUCGAUCUUGUAUACAUUAUGAUUGAUGACCCAGAAGAAGUUACAGAUUAUCACAUAGCACAUCAUAUUGUGCGAGUUCAUCAAAAGCAUGAAGAUGCACUUGCUCCAACGUUCACUACGGCAGAACUGAAGCGUUAUAUAGCAUAUGCAAAAACUCUUAAACCAAAGCUCACGUCAGAUGCAAGAAAAUUGCUGGUAGACUCUUAUGUUGCUCUCCGUAAGGCUGAUACAAAUCCUGGCAGUAGGGUUGCGUAUCGUAUGACAGUUAGGCAGUUGGAGGCUUUAAUCAGGCUGUCGGAAGCCGUUGCACGGUGUCAUUUGGAUAAUCAGGUACAACCUCGUCAUGUACGUUUAGCAGUAAAACUGCUGCAAACAUCCAUAAUAAGAGUGGAGUCCAGUGAGAUUGAUCUGUCUGAGUUUCAAGACGAAGACAGAGACGAAGACUUGGGCACUGGUGAUGGAAAUGAUAAUAAUAAUAAUAAUAAUGAUGAUAAUAAUAAUAAUAAUAAUAAUAAUAAUGAUGAUGCUGAUGGUCAAGCUGGAAACUCUACUGCCGAGCAAGCCGCUAGAACUAGUGAAAAACCAGCAGAUGGACCUAACCCACAAGGGAAGAAACUUAUAAUAAGUGAUGAAUAUUUUCAGAGGAUUACCAGGGCCCUUGUCAUGUGUCUUAGACAGCACGAAGAGUCUGUGAUGCGAGAAGGAAGCGGUUUGGCUGGGAUGAGGCAACGAGAUUUGAUUAAAUGGUAUGUAAACCAGCAAAAUGAGAAAAAUGUUUACACUUCAAUGGAGGAGGCGUCAGCUGAAAUUUCCAAAAUUAAAGCAAUUAUUGAGAGUUUAAUUCGAAGAGAGGGGCAUUUGAUAGUGGUGGAUGAUGGUAGGCAAGCAGCAGCAGAAGCAGCUGGAGCAGAGCAAUCCGCGUCUGCAGCUAGAAAUGAUAGAAUUUUGGCUGUGGCUCCUAAUUAUGUCAUUGAUUGACAGCCUAGUAAGGAUGAAAGAAAUUGGUAAGCACUUCAUUUCGCAGGCGCAAUACUCCAGUGACUUGAUGGUUCCAUUUGUCUUGAGCUGCAAGCUGUUUACUUUAGACUGUAUUAGUAAUGCCGGAAAAUUGGUGUGUCGCCCAAUUAAUGCAUCUGUAUCUAUAUUUUAUUUAUCACCAAAGAGCGAACCGGUUGGAAACUUUGUUGGUCCUCAGUCCUCACCCCAUUAGAAAGUUUGAGAAUGUUCGGAUUAUAUUAGAUUGUAAAUGAUGUUUGCAAUAUUGACGACAUUUACAGGUUGGACUCGUUUAAGAGUUGAACGAUGUUUAUUUACGUUCACUUGAUUAUUUUCAGUUCUGUACUACUUUAGUAAUGAUCGGACGGUCAAUCUGACUAUUCAACAUUGUAUUUUAGGUAUAUUUUUUGUUCGAAUAUUAAAAGGAUUAAAUUA